AAAAAAAAUAUUCUCUAGAGAAGAAAACACACAUACUCACACAAAAAGAAAAAAUUAGUAGCCAUGAAUGUGAAAAUUGAGAGUUCAAAAAUCAUCAAGCCAUUGUAUGAAGGAAUUCCACCUUCAACUACAACUCAUAUUCCUUUCAAUGUCUUUGACAAUGUAACAUUUGAUACUCUAAUGGCUUUGAUUUAUGCCUAUAGACCACCCACCCCUCCCACAUCCACUAUCGAAAUGGGACUUCGAAAGACGUUAUCAAUUUAUCGAGAGUGGGCUGGGCGAAUAGGUGAAGAUGAACACGGUAAUCGAGGAGUUUUUCUCAAUGAUGAGGGUGUUCGAUUCAUUGAGGCGUCAGUGGACGCCUCGUUGGACGAAGUAUUGCCCUUAAAGCCUUCGCCCUCUAUGCUCUCCUUACAUCCUAGUUUAAAGGAUGUAGUGGAGUUAAUCCAAGUCCAAGUCACACGUUUCAUGUGUGGCUCUGUGGUGGUCGGUUUUACCGGCCACCACAUGAUAGCUGACGGCCAUGCUGCAAGCAACUUUUUUGUAGCGUGGGGUCAAGCAUGCCGAGGAAUGGAAAUUGCACCCCUCCCGAUGAACGAUCGUGCUAUUUUCCGCCCUCGGGAUCCACCCCUCAUCGAGUACAACCAUGUUGGGGCUGAAUUCGUGUCCAAACUAGUAAACAAAGAGUUAGUCAAAGUCAACAACGAUGAAAUUAAUGAGAAAAAAAACAUCAUAGUCCACAAAGUCCAUUUCACCUUGGAGUUCCUAGGGAAACUCAAGGCGCAUGCAUCUUUUAUGAAUGGAAAGGCUAAAACUUAUAGCACGUUCGAAAGUCUAAUAGCCCAUUUAUGGAGGGUUAUUACAAAAUCACGUGACUUAAACGCGUUACAAAAUACUCAAAUUCGAAUAUCGGUUGAUGGAAGGAGAAGAAUUAUACCUAGAGUUCCGGAUGAAUUUUUUGGAAAUAUAGUCUUAUGGGCAUUUCCAACAUCAAAAGUGAAGGACUUACUAGAUGAGCCACUUCACUAUGCAACAAAAAUUAUUCAUGAUGCAAUUACUAAAGUUGAUGAUAAAUAUUUCAAGUCAUUUAUUGAUUUUGCAAAUGAUGAGAAAGUGUUGACUAGACAGGAUUUAAUACCAAGUGCAAACAUGAAGGAGGACUCACUUAGUCCAAAUUUGGAAGUUGAUAGUUGGUUGAGGUUUCCAUUUUAUGACUUGGAUUUUGGUACUGGUUGUCCAUUUGUGUUUAUGCCUUCUUAUUAUCCAAUAGAAGGGAUGAUGUUUCUUGUGCCAUCAUUUAUUGGAGAUGGAAGCAUUGAUGCUUUUAUUCCUUUAUAUGAACACAAUUUAACAAGUUUCAAGAAUAUUUGUUACUCUCUAGAUUUGAAAGCAAAAUGAGAAGACCUACUUAUGGGAUUGGUGG